AUGAGACUCAGCAAAACUGAUUGGGAUGAAUGUGAUGACCUCGCGUCUGACUUUCCGGAGUAUAUCGGCACCUUCGUUAGCGAGGCGUACGGCUACUAUGGAUUGUACUACACCGAUAUUAAGGAAGAGAAGGAUUAUUACGAUCUCUGGAAGCAGCUCCUGCCCAUAAUUUCUGAUGCACCAGACGACUUGAGGCAGACCUUCGAGCCUAUUUGCCAAGGUGCGCUGGAGGAGUUACGAAAGGAGUACAAAAACUUUCGGCGUCUUUGUACUUUCUUGAAACGAAUGAUCCGGGCUAUCCGCAACUACAUCAUGGAGCGGCAGUGA